AUGAAAAUCAUCAAAGAUGAUUUCAAGAUCAGCAAAUAUACAUUCACACCUUCUAUCUUUGGUAAAACACAACUAGAUUUCAAAGAACAAGAUCAUGUUUUGAUGGAAGAGAACAAAGAUCUUUGGUACAGAAAGAUUGCUGAAGAUAUCCUUGAGAAGACAAAGAAAGAAAGAUCUGUCAUUGUUGUCUUUGAAGAUGAAAAGACUUUGAACGAUUUUGAAACCUCACAUUAUUUCGGUCAAGUUGAGAAGAGUUCGAAAUUAGUUGAAAGUACAACAGACAGAGAUACAGUGAUCAAGAAAGCUACAACAUCAAAACAAGUAACACUCAUAACAAAAUCAUUUGGUCGUGGUGUUGAUUUCAUUGUCAAUGAUGAUAAAGUGAUUGAUAAUGGAGGUGUUCAUGUCAUUCAAACAUUCCUUUCAGAGGAGAUCACAGAAGAAGUCCAAAUCAAAGGAAGAACCGCUCGUCAAGGUCAGAAAGGAUCAUACAAGAUGAUUCUUUUGAAAUAUGAUCUAGUUUGUAUGGGAAUGACUUCAGAGAGUCUUGGCAAUGCCAUUAAGGGUAAUGGAUUCUACAAAAUGAUUGAUGAGAAACGUCAGAAUUCAUUCUCUGCAAAAUGUGAGAAACAAAAAAAUGUUGUAAAUAAGUCAAACGAUCUAGACAACGAAUCAAACAAGUAUUUGAAUUUACUUUUGAAUUAUGACGAUUCAAAGAAAUCUGAAAUUUCAAAACUUUUAGAACAAUUUAAUAAAUAA